AUGAUAUUUACUGAUAAAGCACAUUUCCUAUCUGUUCUAAGAGAUUACUGUAUACAAUCUGGGUUUGCUAUUGUAGUGGAUAGAUCUAGUCCAACUAGUUUCACUGCUCAGUGCUUGGAAUUGAACUGUAAUUGGAGGAUACAUUCAAGUGUACUCCCUGAUGGCACUACUUGGGCCAUAAAGAGUAUAAAAGAUUCAGAGCACACUUGUAGGGGUUUGUAUGAGAGGAAUCCUUUAGUUAAUGUGAAGUGCGCUGCAAGUAAGCUAAUUGAUGAUAUAAGGGCAAACAAUGAUAUAACUGGGAAAACUUUGAAUGACUUGUUGUGGACCAGGUAUGGGGUGCAGAUGGCCACUAGUACUCUCUAUAAAAUGAGGAGUAUUGCUCUUAGGGAGAUUAAUGGUGGACAUGAUGAGUCUUAUGGCCAUCUUCCUAGGUACUGUGAAAUGGUUAAGCAAACUAAUCCUGGUUCAGCAGCUAAAUGUGCAUGGAGAAAGAAUGAUCCCCAACUGUCACUCACUUUCUCUAGAAUUUUCAUAUCAUUCAAGGGAGCAAUAGAUGGGCUUGGUACAGGUUGUAGAAUUUUUAUUGGGGUUGAUGGUGCUCACUUGAAAGGGAACUAUGCAGGGGUUUUGCUAUCUGCGGUGGCUAUAGAUGCAAAUAAUGAGCUAAAUCCAUUUGCAUGGGCUAUAGUUUCAGUUGAAGAUGGGAAGAACUGGAAGUUUUUAAUUUAG